UGUACUUCUCUUUUGUUUAUAAUUUUUAUAAAAUAAACAAAAUUCUAGUUUCACAGUUUAGUUGUAUUUUCCACACGCACGAUAGAUGUGAUUUUUGUAUUUCUCGAAUAUGGAUCAAAGAAUGAUUGAGACUUAUGUGAUUUUUAUAGAAUGAUCUGAAAGUCAAAACAUUGCCAGAUAGAUACAUACUAAACUCUGUGUUUCAAGCAGCCUCAAAGCCGGAGUAUAGUUUUUUUGUUGUUUCUCGCCUGUAAUCUGUUUUUAUCAAUUAUUGUGACUUCAGCUUAGCCCCCGGUUUUAGCCUGUUAUUGCCACUGACACAAAAUAAACAAGGCCGGCCAAUAAACAAACAAUUGUUUUGUUGUAUUUCAAAUCGGUAGACAGAAUAUAUUUUGCUGUACCACAGAACAUUGAACUUCCAAUUCCUUAUUCAUUCUUGAAUCGAAAAGUGUACCUAUUACUCAUCAUUGUAAAGAAGCUGGCCUUUUGUUAUAAUUUUCAAAGAAAAAAAUGUCAGAGGAAUAUUAUCUUCUAACAAAUCACAGAGCAGAGCUACUAGAGAUUCUGGAAUGUCAAGAUAAGGAUAAAUAUUUUUCCAUUAAUAUAAGUUUCUCGGACCUCCUGGACUUGGACACAACUUUGGGUAAUGGAAUCCUAACUACACCAGAAGAGUCAAUAAAACAGUGGAAUAAGGCAGCUCUUAAUGCGCAGUCUGAAAUUGCAAAGGAAAAUAAUAAUUACAUUACUAAAACUAAAGUCAACUGUAGAAUUUAUAAUCUACCACCUUGGCCUCAUGUUUCCAGAUACAUAUUUCCAGGAAAUGAAGAUGCUAAUAAGUUUUUGCAAUUGAAUGGUGUUGUUGUAAGAAUGGCAGCCAGAAAAUUACUAGUUUUCCAGAGGAAUUAUGUGUGUUCGAAAUGCAAAUACCAAAUAAUAGUAGAGGCACAAUGUGAUAAACGGUAUAUUAUCAAAAAGCCCAAAGAAUGUACAAAUCCAGAGGGUUGUAAAGGCAAAAAUUUUAUUGAUUUUGAAGAAUUGGACAGAGAUAAUUACAAAGAUUUUCAAGAAAUCAGGAUUCAAGAAGAUCUAUCUAAAGUGGAUGCAGGAACAGCGCCUGGUCAUAUGUUGGUUGUCCUAGAAGAUGACUUGGUGAAUAGUUGUAAGCCUGGAGAAAAUGUCACAAUAACCGGAAUUCUAACUAGAAGAUGGUCAGAAUUUGAUAAGGGAGCUAAAAUCACCGUGGAUGUAAUUCUAAAAGCACUUCAUGUUCAAGUUAAUACUUGCAGUGGAUUGAUUAUGGCAGAGACAGCUGAAAUGAAGCAAUAUUUUGAGGAUUUCUGGAAGAAAUAUGAAAAUGAACCAUUAGUGGGCAGAAGUAUUAUUUUAAAUUCUAUCGCUCCAGAGAUACACGGAAAUGCUUUAAUUAAAUUAUCGACUGCUGUUGUUUUAGCUGGUGGAAGCCAGAAUGAAGAUAACAUGUCAACUGGUGUCACAACUAGGUCAGAAUGUCAUUUGCUUUUUGUGGGCGAUCCAGGAACGGGAAAGUCACAGAUGCUGAGAUUUGCCUCAAAAAUAAUGCCAAGGGCUAUCUUGACAACAGGCGUUGGCACCACAGCUGCCGGUCUGACAGUUACCGCAGUAAUGGAUAAUGGGGAUUGGCAAUUAGAGGCUGGUGCUCUAGUGAUGGCAGAUGGUGGCAUAUGUUGUAUAGACGAGUUCAAUUCGAUGAGAGAACAUGACAGAACCAGUAUUCACGAAGCUAUGGAGCAGCAGACGAUAAGCGUAGCAAAGGCUGGUAUUGUCUGUAAACUGAAAACCCGCUGCUCCAUACUAGCAGCCUGCAACCCGAAAUCCAAUCGACAACCAUCUCAACCCCUGGCAGUAAAUGUGGCAAUGUCUAGCGCGUUGCUUAGCAGAUUUGACAUAAUUUUACUGGUAAAAGAUGCAGUAGAGGAAAAUGGAGAUCGCAAGAUAGCCCAACAUUUAUUGAAAGAAAGAUUAGAUCCUGAUAAAGACAAGAAUGUUUGGGAUCUUGAAAUACUACAGGCCUACUACGCUAGCAUAAGGAAGCAAAAUCCCAAAUUGACCAAUGAAGCAGAAGUAAUCUUGAGACGGUAUUAUCAGCUUCAAAGAAGGUGUAAAAACAUAAACAGAUCCAGGACAACUAUACGUCUCUUGGAGAGUUUAAUCAGAUUAUCCCAAGGACAUGCCAAACUAAUGUUUCAUUCUGAAGUUCAAGUUAUGGACGCCACAUACGCAGUAAUCAUAACAGACACCUCAAUGAAUUCCGAAUUUUCACUUCUGCAUCUGAGAGUCGACUUUGAAACCUUCCUCGACAAUCCCGAAAGACAGUAUUAUGAUCUGUCAGAAGACGUAUUGGGAAAACUAAAUUUGGAUUAUAUUUUUCAAAUGGAGGCAAAUCUAUUAAAUAGACGCGGCAAUUUUGGGAAUGCGGCGACAGAGGACGAUAAUCCUUCAAACAGAAAUAUGUCGUCUUCUCAUAAAAAACAGUCACAUUUUUCUCAGCCUAGUACAAGUCACGAAGAAACUGAAAUUUUACCGAGUACGUCUACUGGCAAAGAAACAUUUUGUGGAAUGUUUUCGCAAAAAAGUAUAUCUCGGUCUAGUUCCUCAAGUCAAGAGCUACCAGGUAAAGAAAUAAACUACACUAAAGAUAGCGAAAAUGAUAGUGAUAUUAUGAAAAGCUCUAAUUCUGCGAGUAUUAAAAAUAAUGAUGGAUCAGAAAAACCUUCUACUUCGACAGAUAAAGAGUGUUCGGAUAGAAGUAACAAUUUUAACAAGGAGAAACCAGAAAUCGGACCUUCGCAAGCCAAAAAUGAAUCAAAUAAAAUUGAAAUAUCCAAAAAAAAGCCGCCAACGAACGUGCCCAAGAUAGUCAGAAGCAAGAGCCAAAUAGACUUUGAUGAACUUUUCAAUGAAUGUUUGGAAAAUACCGCAGAAACUAAAAUGGAAGUAAAAAAAGGAAAAAAGAAACGACCAUUGAAUCCGUCCUCCAAACCAUCUAAAAAACUGGCGAAGUGUAAUGACGAAGACGAAAAGGAAAUAAUCAAACAAUUGCCAAGCAUUAACGAUGACUUUGCUGUAUUUGAUAAACAUAUCAAUUGGGAUUUGGAAGAAACAUCACACGAGAAAGCAACCGGAGAAGCUGAUAUCAUGAUGAGAGAUACGGAGUGCUCACAAGGAAUGAAGAAUUUCGCGUUUGAACCAAAGGAAGCCGAAAACAAAACAAAUAAGACAGAAAUUUCCAAUAAAAAGCCACUACGUGUUUCCGAAAUAGUCAAAAGCAGAAGCCAAAUGGACUUUGACGAAAUGUUAGAUGAAUGUAUAGAAAACAUUAACGUCUCAGAAUAAAUGAACUGUUGACUUCUCAACAACAAAAAAAUAUUUUCAGGAAUUUACUUUAAGUAUGUGAGAGUGCCUAGUAAUGAAACCUACAAAACUAUAAUUAAUAAAAGAGAGAUUCAGAAAAAUAAAAUAGUGGACGAAGACAAGCACAAAUCUCGCUAAUGUGAUAUUAAAUUAGAAUUUUAGGCCGUCCAGCUAAUGUUAAAGAUAUUUAUAUCCUAUAUUAUAUAUUAUCGCAGUCUUUUAGGCAAUUUGCUGGCGAAGUUUCUAAAAAAAAAUAAAUAAUAAUUUGCGAUUAACCCUCUCUUUGGAACAUUCAAUUGUAUUUUACUAGGAGCAUUCAUGUUUUGUUUUUUUAACAUAGGUAUUGUUUUUUGUCACAUUGGAUAGGGCUACGAAUUCGCUAAAUAUGUUCUGUCGUCUCGACCUACACCAGGUUGAAAAUCUUUUUAAUGAUAAUGAUAAUAAUAAUACGUCGUUUAUUUUGCAAAUAAAAAGUUUACAA